AUUGUUUCCAUGGAAUUCUGAGGGGAGUGGGGGUGGUGAUGGGUGGCAGGCUUUGAAAAUUCAGUGGUUACUGUGGUCAUCUUUGUGGAAUCGUCCAUUCUGUUCCCUCUAAUGGGCUGUCCUGUCCUUGCCCUCAUUCCCUGGCCAGGGAGCACCAGUCACCUGCAGAGUUUAUAUUGUUCACCCUCUGGCCUCACAGAGGAACCUGCAGUGACUGGUUUGGAUAUGGGGAGGAGCUGGGCAUGUCAGAGGUUUGCCUUUCCAUCCAGCACUGUACCUCCCCUUUCAGCUCGUGGGUUGGGGUGGCCUACAUGAUUGCCAUGGCCCUGAGGGAAGAAAAGCAGCUCUGUCUGUCCUGCAGUGGGGUCCAGUUGACCCUAGACAUUGCAGCCUCAUGUGUUGGAAACUGGUUUCAAAUUUUAACUUGGGAGGGAUGAGGAAGCACCAUUUGGGGGUCUCUGAGCUCCUCAGGGUGGGUGUGAUUCCUGUUUUCUUGCUCCUCCUGUUCUUGGACUGGCAUGGGAAAUCACAGUUUGCUGAGACUCAGUGGCAGGAUUUUAACUCAAAGCCAUGGUUGGCAUGGGAGAGGCCAGCCUUGUGCCAGGGCCAGCUCUGAGGUUAUGGUUUGUAGACUCAGUCUUGGACUGUACAGUUCCCACACUGAUGUGUGCCUUGGGGGCUUAGGUCUUGGUUUGGAGUUUGGGGCAGUGGCCGGCCAGUGCAUGGCUGGUUUGGCUCUUGCAGUCUCACCCUGGACUAGGACUGAAUCCAGUCACCAUAGAAACACUGCUGCCACAUGGCCACGCCCCUCUGAGAGAGCUUCCACCUCCGACUCACACACAAACACACACAUGGAGGACCUGGGGCAUCUACAGCCAGCAGCUGGGACCCUCUGCCUUAAGGUGGGAUCCCUUCGGUGACUGAGGCUACAGCCUCAGAGGAAGGGACCCUGGGGCCAGUCUGGGAAGCCUUGGAGAGGUGGGGAAAAGAUGACAGGGCCAAACAAGUAAGAGGGACGAAGUGAGGCCCAAGGUCCCGUAAGGGACAGCAGUGUCCCCACAGCACCAAUGCCCAACGGGGGUGGCAUGGCAAGGCAGGUAUUCUUUGGGCUGCCCCCUAGGGCUCACAAUUGGGGAGCUCAUGAGGUUGGAGGAGGGGCCGACUGGGGAAGGGCUUCUGUGGGGUGGAGGCUGGAGCAGCUGACAAAGCUUCCUGGGGAAUCAGAUCUGGGGCUCUGCUGGUUUCCCGGCAGAUGGGCCUGGACCAACACAGACAUUGAGCAUCAGGCAGGACAUUGGGAAGAGGCUGGGGUCCUAUCUCAGUGGCCGCUGCUAUCAAGGACCUUGGUGGACAGUGGUACCAGACAAUCUGGCUUAUCUGGGUGGGACACACGGUAAAUGGGCCGGGAGCAGACCAUGCCACUGCCUGAACAGCCCUGCAGCCUCAGCUUGGGGCUGCAGUGCUUGACCAGCCAAGCUGGGUGGUUGGGACAGUCCUCUUUCCCUCUCCUCUCCCAGCUGCUCUUGCCCACUCUACUGUCCUCCCUCAAGGGGUCUGGGGCCUUCCAGUGCUGAUCCUGCUGCUGUACACCCGUGGAGUCGAGCCCAGAGGUGUCCCUGGCCAGGGAGCAGUGGCUCGGCCACCCAUGAGCUGGCAGUGGGUGGUCCCGGCUCUAGUUGCAGCUGCACCUACCUUCUCCCAACCGAGGGGCCAUGGUGCUGGCCCGUCUCUGUCCUGGAGGCUUGUCACCAGGCCUCAGCAGCCACCCUCCACAGGAAGCUACUCUGAGCCUGCUGGGGUGUGCAAGUGAAACCCCGCCCCGGGGUCCCCGAUCUUUGCCCCCUUCCACCUGCCUGGCCUGCAGCACAGCACAUUGUGCGACAUUUUGUGUUGGGCUCAGGAGGGCUGUGCUGCGCUGCUCAGGAGGAGGUUGCAGGAGGAGGGAACCCCCGUCCCGGCCAUGCCAGCCAGGUUGCUGGUUGGGGCCACCUGUGCCAUGCUCCUGCUCCUGCUUCUGCCGCCCGAGGUGCCUGGCCGAGGCCCCUCUGGAAGGACACAGCCGGGGCCCUUUGCCAAUGAGAGGCGCCGCCUGGGCCCCCACGUCUGCCUCUCAGUCCUCGGGAGUGGUUGCUGCCCGGGCUGGGCGCCCUCCAUGGGUAGCGGGCACUGUACCCUGCCCCUCUGCUCCUUUGGCUGCGGGAGUGGCGUUUGUAUCGCACCGAAUGUCUGCUCCUGUGUGGAUGGGGAGCAAGGGGCCACCUGCCCAGAUGCCCAUGGGCCCUGCGGGGAGUAUGGCUGUGACCUGACCUGCAACCAUGGUGGCUGUCAGGAAGUGGCCCGAGUGUGCCCUGUGGGCUUCUUGAUGACAGAGACCACCGUGGGCGUCCAGUGCACAGACAUUGACGAGUGUCUCAGCGCCUCCUGCGAGGGCCGCUGCAUGAACACAGAGGGCGGGUUUGUGUGCGAGUGUGGGCCAGGCAUGCAGCUGGCUGCUGACCGCCAUAGCUGCCAAGAUAGGAACGAGUGCCUGGGGACACCCUGCCAGCAGAAAUGCAGAAACAGUGUGGGGAGCUACCAGUGCUCCUGCCAUGCCGGCUUCCAUCUCCACCGCGACCGACACUCCUGUGUGGAUGUGAACGAGUGUCGGAGGCCACAGGAGAGGAGAGUCUGUCAUCAUUCCUGCCAUAACACCGUGGGCAGUUUCCUGUGCACAUGCAGACCUGGCUUCAGACUGCGAGCUGACCGCACGUCCUGUGAAGCUGUGCCCAAGGUGGUGCUGGCACCCUCGGCGAUCCUGCAGCCCAGGCCUCCCGAGUUAGCCUUGCUGCUUCCUGAGGCUGGCCAGCCUGGCCUGUCCCCAGCACACAGCCUUGGCCAUGGCCCCAUUUCUGGUGCCUGGGCCACCCGUCCUCCAGACCCUACGAUGCUGUUGUCCACCCCAAUGGUCACUCCAGGGCCUCUUGCCUCACUGCUGGGAACCCUUGGACCCCCUCCCCUCCCCCAAGGGAAGGCGCUGGGCACGCCUUUUCCCCGUCCUGACUCUGAAGACCAGAGUCCUGCACCUGGACCCUCUCCCUGCUGGCACCUGGGAGCCUUUUACACAUCAGGGAGCCACUGGGCUGCACCUGCGUGCAAGCAGUGUGGGUGUGAGGUGGGUAUGUGGUCCCACUGCCCACUGUGGAAUCUACCACCUGGAGGUGGCUGCAGCGCCUGGUUGUGUUUCCAGGAUGGGGUGGUGACCUGUGGGAAGAUGAGAUGUGAGGCUAUGUGCUCCCACCCAGCACCCCCACAGGAUGGGGGGUGCUGCCCCUCCUGCACAGGCUGCUUCUACGGUGGCACAGUGUGGAUGGAAGGGGAUGUAUUUUCACCUCCUGGUGAGAACUGCACUGUCUGCGUCUGUCUGGCUGGGAAUGUGUCCUGCAUCUCCCCCGAGUGUCCCCCUGGCCCCUGCGAGGCGGCCCCGAAGCCGGAUUGCUGUGCUUGCGCCCCGGUGCGGUGUCAUUUCCGUGGCCGCUGGUAUGUGGAGGGGGCUGUGUUCAGCGGGGCUGGUGAUGACUGCACCACCUGCGUUUGCCAGCAUGGGGAGGUGACCUGCUCCUUCACACCGUGUCCUGAGCUGGAUUGUCCCCGGGAGGAGUGGCAUCUAGGUCCUGGCCAGUGCUGUUUUACUUGUCGAGAGCCCACGCCCCACUCAGGCUGCUCCCUGGAUGACAGCGGGGCUGAGUUUCCAGUGGGACAGGUCUGGUCACCCGGUGACCCCUGUGAGUUGUGCAUCUGCCAGGCAGAUGGCUCGGUGAGCUGCAGGAGGACGGACUGUGUGGACUCCUGUCCACACCCCAUCCGGAUCCCGGGGCAGUGCUGCCCUGACUGCUCAGCAGGCUGCACCUACACUGGCCGGGUCUUCUAUAACAAUGAGACCUUCCCCUCAGCGCUCGACCCAUGCCUCAGCUGCAUCUGUCUGCUUGGGUCUGUGGCCUGCUCGCCUGUGGACUGCCCAAUUGCCUGUACCUACCCCUUCCACCCUGAUGGCGAGUGCUGCCCCGUGUGCCAUGACUGCAACUAUGAGGGCAGGAAGGUGGCUAACGGCCAGGUGUUUGUGCUAGAUGAUGAGCCCUGUACACGCUGCACCUGCCAGCUGGGAGAGGUGAGCUGUGAGAGGGUCCCCUGCCCACUGGUCUGCACUGAUGCUGCCCCGCACGUCCCUGCUGGAGACUGCUGUGCCCCCUGCUCAGGUUCCCUGCGCCCACUGGAUGAUAAGCCGGGGCUGUUGGCUCCCAGAGAUGCUGAGGUCCUUGUCCCCUGCAGGACUUGUCCCAGGCCCCCCACCGCGCCCCCACCUCAGCCUGUGCUCCAGUUGCACAGGCAGCUCUCAGGGGCCAACGCAUCUGGAAUGCUGCCUGAGCCUGCGCCCCGCUGGGGAGCUGGGGUCCUUGUCCCAAGGAGACCUGGCUCCUUCCAGGUGCCUCCGCGCUCCUCACUACCUCCUGCUUCUCUAGAGCGUCCCCUUCCCACCUUGGGAGCCCAGCUCCUGACCAUUCAGGUCCCUAGCCCCACCAAGACUCCUGCCACCCUGCUCCAGCCUCAAGGGCUCUCUGCAGCCUCAGAGGCCACCAGACACCCUGGGCCCCAGCAGCCCUCCAUGGGGAUGCCCCGGAAGGAGGAACCCCUGCUCUGAGAGGCCCCUGGCCUAGGGAUUAUGGAUGGAGGCCACUGAGAGUCAGGGGAGAUCCGCGGGGCAGUGCGGUCCCUGCCCAGGUAUCCUGCGUGAGAGACGGAUCAGCGGAUCAGCGUUGCCUGCCAGAUCCUUCCUCCUUGGGCCACAGGACUGCCACCUGCUGGCUUUGGAGGAAGGCAGGGCCCUGAAUUGUGAGAGGUCACUGUCCCCACCCCAGUGCCCUGAUUAAACAGUCUCAAUCUCA